GGUCGAGCCGAUAUUUCGAGAAUGUGCGUUUGGUUUCUCCUGCGCUGCCAAUUAAAUGUUACAUUUUGAGCAAAAAUAAACUAAAAUAAACUAAAUGAAUAUUAAUAUAAAUAUAAUGGAGUUGAUUGGGGGGCAAAAAAGCGGCAAACACAACAGAGCCUUUGAGGCAGAGAAGCAGGUGCACGUCGAUAUGCACGCCGACAUUGGUGAAGAUGCUGAGAAGACGUCGUAAGGGCACAACAACAGUUUCCUCCUGUUAAGGAAAGCGGCGUCACUGAAAGGCUUUUGCAUGCAACGCCGAGACGCAUUGGGGCUGCUUCUGAAGCUGCUAGCUGCGGCAGGCUGGGUUGCCAUGGUGAUCGCGGCCUGCGUGCUGAACUUCCGGCGGGCCGUCGGGCUGCUUGUCAUCUCCUUAUUGGCGCUGUUCUUCCUCGUCUGGGAUUGGACGAUGGGGCGCUAUGGCCACCGGAUAUGGGAGGGGCUUCUUCCUGUCAGGGAGUUGGUCAGCCCACACUGGAUACGGGUCAGAUGGCUGAUAUACGCGUGUGUGCUGGUGGGCCUCGUGUGCUGGCUGGUACUGGACACAGCCAAGCGAGGAAAAAGACAACUGGUGUCUUUCUUCGGUCUGCUUCUGCUCAUCUUUCUCAUGAUGAUCUUCUCCAAACAUCCUUUCAGAUGGUCCUGGCAAGCGUUGUUCUGUGGAGUCGGGCUUCAGUUUGUUUUUGGGCUUCUCGUUUUAAGGAACUCCUUUGGUUUAAAAGCGCUGGAGUGGCUCGGCAAAAUUGUGGAGAACUUCACAGGCUACACAGACGUUGGCUCUCGUUUUAUCUUUGGGGACAAUUUCCAGGAGCACUUCUUCAUCUUCAAGGUGAUGCCCAUCUUGAUUUUUCUGAGCACCGUCAUCUCUAUGCUCUACCACCUGGGCUUCAUGCAGUGGCUGGUUAGCAAGAUCGGCUUCAUAAUGCAGGUUACCAUGGGAACGUCUCCCGUCGAAUCAAUGGCCGCAGCUGGAAAUAUCUUUUUGGGGCAGACAGAGACCCCCCUGUUGGUCCGACCCUACAUCAGUGCAUGCAGGACGGGGAGCACUAACCUGCUGGAGGCAGCGUCGCAAGGGGCCAUCUUCGCGGUGAGCCUGGUGGCCAACGUGGUGGUCAACCUCUUGUCCUUCAUGGCGCUGUUGGCCUUCUUCGACGGCGCCCUGUCCUGGCUGGGCGCCAUGUUUGACUACCCGCAGCUCAGCUUCUCUCUGAUGUGCUCGUACAUUUUUAUGCCCCUGGCGUUGAUCAUGGGAGUUUCGUGGGAGGACAGCUUCGUGGUGGCCGAGCUGGUUGGCCUUAAGACUUUCCUCAACGAGUUUGUGGCCUAUCAGAAGCUGUCGACGUUGAUCAAGAGGCGCAAGGGGGGCGGGCCGGAGUACGUCAACAACGUAAAGCGAUACAUUUCUGUCCACUCUGAAACUAUCGCCACAUACGCUCUGUGCGGCUUCUCCAACAUCGCCUCGCUGGGCUUGUCGAUCGCAGCGAUGGUGUCGAUGGCUCCCGAGAGGGAACGUGACAUCUCCUCUUGUGGCCUGCGAUCCUUGAUCGCAGGCAGCGUUUCCUGCUUCAUGACGGCCUGCGUCGCAGGCAUGCUGUACAUCCCCCAACUGGAGUGCCCGCUCUACCUCAGCAUCGCGUUCAACGGCACCAACGUGACGGCAGCCGCACAACUGCUCACCUGCUGCACACAACUCUACAACAGCGUGGCGCUGCGCGAUCCGUGGAACUUCACCCUGCAGGAGGAGUUCAAUGAGAGCAGUAUUCGGGCGUGCUGCGCGCUCACGCCGUCCUCGUCGCACUUCAACUGUAGCUGGCUGCAUUAACGCACCAAUGACAGCGCGCCUUAUGUAUGAUUUGAUGUUGACGUUGCAUUUCAUGAACUGAUUUCACAACGACGCGUUGAGGAAUACCCAACAUUUUUUGGUUUUGUUAAAAAGAGUUUUUGUCUCUGUGAA